AUGACAAAGUUGAGCCUGUAUUCUGUAUCCGAAACCCCACCCAGUGCCAUCAAGUUGUGGGUACAAACCCCACCCAGUGUCAUCAAGUUGUGGGUACAAACCCCACCCAGUGUCAUCAAGUUGUGGGUACAAACCCCACCCAGUGUCAUCAAGUUGUGGGUACAAACCCCGCCCAGUGUCAUCAAGUUGUGGGUACAAAUCCCACCCAGUGUCAUCAGGUUGUGGAUACAAACCCCACCCAGUGUCAUCAAGUUGUGGGUACAAACCCCACCCAGUGUCAUCAAGUUGUGGGUACAAACCCCACCCAGUGUCAUCAAGUUGUGGGUACAAACCCCGCCCAGUGUCAUCAAGUUGUGGGUACAAAUCCCACCCAGUGUCAUCAGGUUGUGGAUACAAACCCCACCCAGUGUCAUCAGGUUGUGGGUACAAACCCCACCCAGUGUCAUCAGGUUGUGGAUACAAACCCCACCCAGUGUCAUCAGGUUGUGGGUACAAAUCCCACUCAGUGUCAUCAGGUUGUGGAUACAAACCCCACCCAGUGUCAUCAGGUUGUCGGUACAAACUCCACCCGAUGUCAUCAGUUUGUGGGUACAAACCCCACCCGGUGUCAUCAGGUUGUGGAUACAAACCCCACCCAGUGUCAUCAAGUUGUGGGUACAAAUCCUACCCAGUGUCAUCAAGUUGUGGGUACAAAUCCCACCCAGUGUCAUCAGGUUGUGGAUACAAACCCCACCCAGUGUCAUCAAGUUGUGGGUACAAACCCCGCCCAGUGCCAUCAGGUUGUGGGUACAAACCCCGCCCAGUGUCAUCAGGUUGUCGGUACAAACUCCACCCGAUGUCAUCAGUUUGUGGGUACAAAUUCCACCCGGUGUCAUUAGGUUGUGGGUACAAACUCCACCCAGUGUCAUCAGGUUGUGGGUACAAACUCCACCCGAUGUCAUCAGUUUGUGGGUACAAACUCCACCCGAUGUCAUCAGUUUGUGGGUACAAACUCCACCUGGUGUCAUCAGGUUGUGGGUACAAACCCCACCCGGUGUCAUCAGGUUGUGGGUACAAACUCCACCCGGUGUCAUCAGGUUGUGGGUACAAUCAUCCAAAUAG